UGCACCCUGAAACUGAAAGGAGAAGUAGCAAGACAUUCGUCAGGUUAGCGUUGAGCUCUGAUCCGGAGAGAGCGAGGGGAGACGGAGAGAGACCAUGGGGCGCUUCCAGAGCGCUGCUGCUGUGGUGGUCGUCAGCCUGCUCCUCCUGUUCCUUGCCACUGCUGAUGGUUUGGGCGCCCCCGCGAGGAAGCUGCAGCAGCGUCAGCCACAGGAUCUGCUCCACUUCUGCGAAGGCGACGUGGAAUUUAUUGAGGACGAUGAGGGUCCUGUGCCUGGAGAUCAGUCCGGCCUCCGGACCUUCCAAGUGGAGAUCGUCAACAAAUCGGUCCCCGACCGCGUGCUGUCCAACGUCCACGUCUACUGCGCCGGGUUCGACGGCGUCGACCUGGUCGUCCUCCCCCCCAGCGACUUCAGGCGCAUCAGCGAGGGAGAGUGCCUUGUGAACGACGGGGGCCAGUUGAUCCCGGCCCAGUCCGUCAUGUUCCAGUACGAACGCCACUCCCGGUACCCAUUCAGGGUCACCUCGGCCGCCUGCUAAGCCGCCCUCCCCCAUGAGCGCACUACUACGUGCGGUGCUGGGCUCUCUGAUCGUCGCCAGGAUGUAGCAUCGAUCUCUCAGUGAGUGUUAAAUAAGGUUCCAGUGCUUGAAUAAAAAAAGAUGGAUGUACCGUGUGCAUGGAUGAUGGAUUAUCAACACAGCUACGAACUGAAGUGUUCUCUGCGCCCUACUCGAGUGCUGCAAA